AUGUUCAGCAAACUCAACUCAGCAGCGCUGCUGGCCCUCGGCCUUACAGCCCAGGCUUCCCAAAUCUUCAGCAACACCGGCACAACUUCCGGCUGGGACUCCACCAACAAAGAACACUCCGGCACUGUGCAACAAGUGACGAACGUUGCCUACGAAGGCUCAACCGCCCUGAAGAUGACCCAAAUAUACGACUCCAGCUACACAGGCCGGUAUCACUCCGAAGUGGUCAAAAACAACGUCUACAAACGCGGCGACACGGGCUUCUACGGCUUCGCCUUCCGUCUGCAGGACGACUGGCAAUUCUCCCCAGCUCAAUCAUACAACAUUGCCCAAUUCAUCGCCGACUUCGGCGAUACCGGCUGCGACGAUUUCAUGCCAUCUAGCAUGGUAUGGCUUGUCGGUGACCAGCUCUACACCCGUGUGAAGCAGGGUAGUAUCUGCGCGCAGAAGACUAAGACUUUCUCUAACCUGGCCACUGUCAGUGCGGGCGAGUGGCACAAGGUCGAGAUUCAGGCUACUUGGGCGUCAGAUGGCACUGGUCAAUACAAGUUGUGGUUGGAUGGAAACAAGGUGUUGGAUGAGAGGGACCUUGCGACUACCAUUGACGAUGAUCGGGCUUUCCAGUUCCGCGUUGGCAUUUAUGCCAAUGGCUGGCAUGAUGAUGGCGGCAUGAAGGGCACGCAGGGAACUAGGCAGAUCUGGUAUGAUGAGAUCGCUGCUGGAACUACGUUUGCCGAUGCGGAUCCCGAUCAGUGGUGA